AUGCUUUCAUCAUUCCGAAAACAGGAUAAAAAGGAUGAAGAAUCCAGCACAAGUGGAAAUCCAUAUAAGAAUCUUGAAAAAGCGUCGGUUCUUCAAGAAUCUCGUACAUUCAAUGAAACUCCCGUAAAUGCACGAAAAUGUAUUCAAAUUUUAACAAAAAUCAUUUAUAUGAUUAAUCAAGGAGAACAAUUAGGUCAAACUGAAGCAACAGAAACUUUUUUUGCUAUGACAAAAUUAUUUCAAUCAAAAGAUAUGAUGCUUCGUCGUAUGAUCUAUUUAUCAAUAAAAGAAAUGUCAACAGUUGCCAAUGAUGUUAUAAUAGUAACAUCGAGUUUAACUCGCGAUAUGACUGGAAAAGAAGAUUCUCAUCGUGGACCAGCUAUACGAGCUUUAUGCAAAAUUACAGAUCCAUCCAUGAUGCAAAGUGUUGAGCGAUAUAUGAAACAAGCCAUUGUUGAUAAACUGCCAUCAGUUGCAUCAGCUGCAUUAACAUCAUCUGUUCAUUUAAUGCGUCAGGGCCCUGAAGUAGUUAAACGCUGGGUUAAUGAAGUUCAAGAAGCUGUUAAUAACGAUAAUAUAAUGGUACAAUAUCAUGCUCUUGGACUUUUAUAUCAAAUACGUCGAUCAGAUAAACAUGCUAUUAGGAAAUUAAUCGUUAAGUUUUCUAAAGCUGGUCUACGAAGCCCAUAUGCAUAUUGUUUUCUGAUUCGUAUUGCUGCUAACCUUAUCAAUGAAGAGGGCGAAGGAACGGACAGUCCAAUGUAUGAUUUUAUUGAUUCAUGUUUACGUCAUAAAAACGAAAUGGUCAUCUAUGAAGCAGCAUCAACAAUUGUGUCACUUAAAUGUGUUACACCAAAAGAACUUAGUUCAGCAGUUAAUGUUCUUCAAUUGUUUAUUUCAUCACCUAAACCUGUUUUACGUUAUGCUGCAGUUCGAACAUUAAAUAAAGUUGCUAUUCAAUAUCCAGCAGCAGUUACAGCUUGUAAUGUGGAUCUUGAAACAUUAAUUACUGAUUCCAAUCGUUCGAUUGCAACAUUAGCUAU